CCUUUGCCCCGGGCGCGUCUGCGUGUUUUGCUACACUUCCAGAGGCGGCGUGCGAACCUGCGCCUCGUGGGCUGCACAGCCCUGGCCUCCGGGUGGCCGUGGGGCGCGGAGGCUCCUUUCCCUCCUCGGCAACUCAGCCGGGGGCGGGUUCAGGGCCUGCCUGGCGGGGGGCGGGGCUAGAUGGCCCCGGGCUCGGCGACUGAUUCACUUGAGCCCAGGCCCCGCCCCGCCCCGCCCCGCCCCCGCUGCCUCUCUGGCGGGGCCCCGCCUCCCUCUCGACUCGCCGCUUCUCGCGCCUUUCUACGGCUCCCAACCGCGCCCGAGGGGGCGGGGAAGAGGAAGACGCGCAUGCGUCGGGGUAGGCCAACAGCACCUUCCCAGAAGGCUCUGGGGCCGAGGGCGGGUGGGGCGCCGGCGCGCAUGCGCGGAGGCGGGCUAGUUUGAUUCUGGCGGCAGCGGCGACGUCGAAAUGGCGGCGGCGGCGCCUCGUCCCGGCAGGUGACGGAGGGCAGCGAGAGGGAGCCCGGCCGGGGGCAGCUUCCGCGCCUCGGUCUUUCGGGCGGCGGGCGCGGGGCGCUGUUCGACGGAGUCAAUCCCCGGGCGGCGAAGGCCGUGGCCUCUCAGGGCAAAGCCCGCCGCGCCUUUCGGGGGGGAUCCCAGAAGGUCAUCCAGCCCAACCCCGAGCGAUGCAGAGGGAGGCGCACAAGUAGGCAGGCGAAGCAGAGAAACGGGCGGGGCGCCAUUCUGUACUUGCCGCUGCUGUUCUGAGUGAAGCUGGUUAUGACCCUCUUUAUUUGGAAAAUGCUCCAUUUUAAGCAAGGGUUUGUUUCUGUUGCUGCUUGGGGCCUCGAUUGCGAGCGCUGCUCUUGGUGUUCUUGCUUUUCUUGAUGCUGUUUUUAAUUCUGUUUGUGUUAUUUUAUCUACAAAUGUAGAUAAAACCUACACUUUCAUAGAUAUAUUGUAUAGCAAGAUGGGUUACAACACAAAUAAUAAAAACAACAGCAGUAGCCUUAAAAGCAAAAUAAAAGCAUCAGUAAAUACUGAUUGGAUUUUUUUAAAAAAGAAAAACAAAAACCACCCAUAUUGUAAAAACCUGUCUAAACAAAAAAAAGUUUUCAAGGGGAUGAUUCCUGCGGAACUGCUACUGGUAAGGAAUUGCAGAGGACAGGGCUUGCCACGGGAAAGGGUCGCUCCCUCCUGGAGACCAACCAACCGCAGGGGUUGCAUUGCUGCUGUUUUUUGUUUCCUUGGCUUUAUAAGGUGUUGACCAUCCUUUUGGAGGGGAAGAAUGGGGUUGAAUAAUUAAAAAUAAAUAAAAUUUACUACAGGAAAUGCUACUGAUAACACAGGUGUGUAACAUGUAGGUGCUUUGCAAAAGUUAAGUGGAAGGUGAAUUGGUCCUAGUUGUGAGAGCAGAAUGUGGUGUGGGAGAAAUGCAAGGUGCAGUGCAUGAGGUAUUGGAGCAAUGGGGUAGAAGCCCAAGGCUUAUUUUUUGUUGUUGUUGAACUUUUCAGUACAGAAGACAGUCUUCCAAAGGACAUCACCCAACAGGUAACACAAGUGUUCUUUACCAGCUAUAAAGUGCAUAAAACUUAAUGCCGCAAUAACAAAUUCCAAGCAAUCCAUACUUAGGGUUGCUACCUUGUUUUCCUGAUGAAUUAUUCGUUUAAAUAGUUGCAAGAAAAUUGGAAACCCAACAGGCACAGCAUUUUUGAGAAUGCCGCACCUGUUCAGUUGCUGCAGCUGUUAAAAGACAUUAAGCUAUGCUAAAAACAUACACGGUGGCAGUCCGAUUUCUACUAUAAUAAUAGGCCAAUGUGUGAGAGCCAGUUAAUAAAAUAAGUAUCUGUACAUGAAAAAAGACAAUACUGUGCCCAUUUCUUUGUACCAGAAAAGUGGGGUGUUUAGCGUGAAGUAUAUCUGUAACACAAGUGACAGGUCUGGCUAUGCAUUUCCCUUUUUUGAAAAAAAAAAGCAUGUCCUAAUACCUUCUACAGCAAUUGGGUACAUGUGUAUAUUAUGUGAAAUUGGGGCACUAAUCAUGUUUGAGGUCACGACUGAUUUUGGACAGUGUUGCAGGGAGGCAUUUCUAAUCUUUUCUUCAAGGGUACCCUUACUUUUCUUUUUUAACUUAUAGUAGGUAUUUCCUAUUAUUUGAGGUAAUUUUAAAAUGCUCACUUUUUGCUCCAGAUGUGGAUCACAUACGGAAUGUAGUUUAAUAGGAAUGUGAUGCAUUUAUAACCAUACUGGAAUAUAAACACGGUUUGAAACACUGUGUUUCUUUUCUAGUUUCUUGUCACAAUGGCUGCCUAAAUCUCCAGGCAUUGGUUAUUUUUUCCAUAGGAAUGGAUUAUUAGCUGCUCUUUGUGUUAUUGGUUUUUGCUUUCUUCAGUGGAUGGAUCAUUGUUGCUUUUGGGUUUUGCCUUCACAUUUGUAAACCAUAAUCUGAGGCUUUAAUCCUGUGCAAAUUUUACUGGGUUGUAUCCAGUGAAUUUGUCCCAUAAGGACUUCAUUUUACACAAUGAGACUUACCUCUCUCUCCUCUCCCCACCCUCCCAUUCUGUUUUGCCCCUGCCCCGGAGGAGAUUUUGGAGCUGUGGGCAUGCAAGGAAAGGAAGUCAUGUUGCUCAGAGGGAGGGAGGCCCUUGCACUAAUGGGACGUCAUCGGAUACAACACACUGAAUUUGAUGGGACUGCUUCCAUGUAAAAUGUGUGCAGGAUUAGGCUUUAAAUGAUUUAACAAGUUAUUACAUUGAGCAUUGAAGGUUGGGCUGAAAUUUAGGAAGAAAAUAAUAAAUCUUGCAAGAUUACAUCAUUGCAAAACCUGUAGAAUCCUGUGAGGAGGAAAAAAAUGUCUGAUAACGUGUAAUGAGAAAUAUUCAUUUUUUGUUUAGAACUCUUCUAAAGAAAAUCAGCCUGGCUUUGAAGAUAGAAAAAAUGUUGCAACAUUAGGUAAAGGACUUGAUAGUUUUUGAAUUGUUUUACAUGGUUACUGUAUGCAUGGAUGCUCUGUUGCCGAGGCAGGAGAAACUGAACAGCUCAUUUCCAGUUAUUAAAAAAUAAAUUUGCGAUUGAAGGGGGAAAUGUAAUAUUUUGAUAGCUCAAAAGUAUGCCAACUAAACUUUGCUAAUAGAUAAGAAGCUGGAAUCUAUGCAGCGAAUUCAUACUUCCCAUCUGUAUCCUCUGUAUACACCACAGGACUUAGAAUCAUAGAAUCAUAGAGUUGGAAGAGACCACAAGGGCCAUCGAGUCCAACCCCCUGCCAAGCAGGAAACACCAUCAGAGCACUCCUGACAUAUGGUUGUCAAGCCUCUGCUUAAAGACCUCCAAAGAAGGAGACUCCACCACACUCCUUGGCAGCAAAUUCCACUGUCGAACAGCUCUUACUGUCAGGAAGUUCUUCCUAAUGUUUAGGUGGAAUCUUCUUUCUUGUAGUUUGGAUCCAUUGCUCCGUGUCCGCUUCUCUGGAGCAGCAGAAAACAACCUUUCUCCCUCCUCUAUGUGACAUCCUUUUAUAUAUUUGAACAUGGCUAUCAUAUCACUCCUUAACCUCCUCUUCUCCAGGCUAAACAUGCCCAGCUCCCUUAGCCGUUCCUCAUAAGGCAUCGUUUCCAGGCCUUUGACCAUUUUGGUUGCCCUCCUCUGGACACAUUCCAGUUUGUCAGUGUCCUUCUUGAACUGUGGUGCCCAGAACUGGACACAGUACUCCAGGUGAGGUCUGACCAGAGCAGAGUACAGUGGCACUAUUACUUCACUUGAUCUAGAUGCUAUACUCCUAUUGAUGCAGCCCAGAAUUGCAUUGGCUUUUUUAGCUGCCGCGUCACACUGUUGGCUCAUGUCAAGUUUGUGGUCAACCAAGACUCCUAGAUCCUUUUCACAUGUACUGCUCUCAAGCCAGGUGUCACCCAUCUUGUAUUUGUGCCUCUCAUUUAUUUUGCCCAAGUGUAAUACUUUACAUUUCUCCCUGUUAAAAUUCAUCUUGUUUGUUUUGGCCCAGUUCUCUAAUCUGUCAAGGUCGUUUUGAAGUGUGAUCCUGUCCUCUGGGGUGUUAGCCACCCCUCCCAGUUUGGUGUCAUCUGCAAAUUUGAUCAGGAUGCCCUUGAGUCCAUCAUCCAAGUCGUUGUUAAAGAUGUUGAAUAAGACCGGUCCCAAGACAGAACCCUGUGGCACCCCACUAGUCACUCUUCUCCAGGAUGAAGAGGAACCAUUGAUGAGCACCCUUUGGGUUCGGUCAGUCAGCCAGUUACAAAUCCACUGAGUGGUAGCAUAGUCAAGACCGCAUUUUACCAGCUUCUUUACAAGAAUAUCAUGGGGCACCUUGUCAAAUGCCUUGCUGAAAUCAAGGUAGGCUACAUCCACUGCAUUCCCUUCAUCUACCAGGCUUGUAAUUCUGUCAAAAAACGAGAUCAGGUUAGUCUGACAUGACUUAUUUUUCAGACUAUUGGUGAUCACAGCAUUCCUUUCUAGGUGCUCACAGACUGUUUGCUUAAUGAUCUGCUCCAGAAUCUUCCCUGGUAUUGAUGUCAGACUGACUGGGCGGUAAUUAUUUGGGUCCUCUCUUUUCCCCUUUUUGAAAAUAGGGACAACAUUUGCCCUCCUCCAGUCUUCCGGGACUUCGCCUGUUCUCCAGGAAAUCUCAAAGAUGACUGCCAGUGGUUCUGAGAUCACAUCUGCCAGUUCUUUUAAUACUCUUGGAUGCAGUUCAUCUGGCCCUGGAGACUUGAAUACAUCUAGACUAGCCAAGUAUUCUUGUACUAUCUCCUUAGUUAUUCUGGGCUGUGUUUCCUCUGCUGAAUCAUUUGCUCCAAAUUCUUCUGGUCGGGCAUUGUUUUCUUUAUCGGAGAAGACUGAGGCAAAGAAGGCAUUGAGGAGUUCAGCCCUUUCUGUGUCCCCUGUUUGCAUUUCACCAUCUUCUCCUCUGAGUGACCCCACUGUUUCCCUGUUCUUCCUUUUGCUACGAACAUACCCAUAAAAGCCUUUUUUGUUGCUUUUAACCUCUCUAGCAAGCCUGAGUUCAUUCUGUGCUUUAGCUUUUCUGACUUUGUUUCUACACGUGCUGUCUAUUUGUUUGAAUUCCUCUUUGGUGGUUUCCCCUUUUCCAUUUUUGUACACAUCCUUUUUAAUCUUAACUCAGUUAAAAGUUCUUUAGAUAGCCACCCUGGCUUCUUUAGGCACCUUCCAUGUUUCCGUCUCAUUGGUAUUGCCUGAAGUUGUGCUUUUACUAUCUCCCUCUUAACAAACUCCCAGCCAUCAUGAACUCCCUUUCCUUUUAGUAUUACUGUCCAUGGGAUCUCACCCAGCACUUCCCUAAGUUUUAUGAAGUCGGCUUUCUUAAAGUCAAGAAAUUGAGUCCUAGUAUGCUUGGCUGCUCCUUUCCGCUGUAUAGUAAACUUCAGAAGAGCAUGAUCACUCGCGCCUAAUGAUCCUUCCACUUCUACCCCACUAACCAGGUCAUCAACAUUGGUUAGGACCAGAUCUAAAAUGGCUGUUCCUCUUGUUGCUUCUCCCACUUUCUGGACAAUGAAGUUGUCUGCAAGGCCAGUGAGGAAUCUGUUUGACCUUAUGCUCUUGGCUGAGUUUGACAUCCAACAAAUAUCCGGGUAAUUGAAGUCCCCAUUACUACUAUCUCCCUUCCUUUUGCAUGCUUGGCCAUCUGUUCCAGGAAGGCAUCAUCUAUGUCCUCCGUUUGGCUUGGGGAUCUAUAGUAAACUCCCACAAUGAGGUCACUGUUAUUCUUCUCUCCCUUAAUUUUGACCCAAAUGCUCUCACUUUGGCUUUUAGGUUCUAAAUCUUGGAUCUCUUCACAGGUAUACACAUCCCUGACAUAUAACGCCACUCCUCCUCCUUUCUUGUCUGGUCUGUUUCUCUGAAAUAGAUUGUAUCCCUCCAUUAUUACAUUCCAAUCAUGGGACUUAUCCCACCAGGUUUCAGUGACGUCUAUUAUGUCAUAUUUAGUUUGCUGUACCAAGAGCUCAUGCUCAUCUUGUUUAUUUCCCAUGCUUUGCGCAUUAGUGUACAGACACUGAAGUCCAUUAAUUGUUCCCCCGUGUCUCUUAUUUAAGGAUCUUUUCCUCCCACCACUAGGUCUGCGUGCUGUUUGCUCCAUUCGGUCUAUGACAUUUGGAUGAUCAUCUUCAUCAAUUGAUAGACUCCUACCUUCAGGAGCACUGUCUCCCUCCCCCACAUUAGUCAGUUUAAAGCCCUCCUGAUGAGGUUUCUGAUAUUUUUGGCAAAAACAUUCCUCCCAACCGUUGUGAGGUGCAGCCCAUCGCUUGCCAGAAGUCCAUCUUCAAGAAACUGCAGUCCGUGAUCUAAGAAUCCAAACCGUUCCUGUUUACACCAUUUGCGAAGCCAGCUGUUCACUUCCACUAUUUUCCCUCUCUCCUUGGGCCACGUCGUUCAACUGGGAGGACAGAUGAGAUGACAAUUUGUGCAUUUAAUUGCUUCAAUUUCCUGCCCAGAGCCUCGUAGUCUCUUUUGAUCUUCUGGAGGCUAUUGCUUGCAGUGUCAUUGGUUCCCACAUGAACCAAGAGGAGGGGUAUUUGUCAGUGGGUUUUAUGAUUCCUUGCAGUCUUUCAGUUACAUCUUGGAUCUUAGCCCCGGGGAGACAGCACACUUCCCGAGACAUCUUGUCAGGCCCACAGAUCACUGCUUCUGUUCCCCCAGUAGGGAAUCCCCUAUCACCACUACACGCCUCCUCUUAGGUCUGGUCGGGGUUCUUCCGUGAGCUGUCCGUUCCAAGGUCGCCUGCACAUUCCCCGAGGACUGACUUUGCUGCUCAUCUUCAUAUACCUGAUCGACUGUAAUGAGGGAGAGAUCCUCAAAUGGAGUCUGCUCUUCGUCUUCCAUGCUAGGGGAGAGGACCUCAAAGCGAUUGUGUAUUUCUAAACAAUCAGAGCGAACCCUGGGCCUCCUACUUCUUUGAGUCACGUUUCUCCAUAUAUCUGGCUCCUGUGUUGGUGAACUAGCCUCCUUCUCAGGGGAGUCCCCUGUCUCCUCCUUGGUGGAGACGGUGUGCUCUGUUGCUUCCAAGAAGAGCUCCAGCUCUCUAAUUCUUUGGAGCGUAGCUACACGUUCCUCCAGUUGCUGGACUUUGUCUUCUAAGAGGGCAAUCAACAUGCAAUUGCUGCAGGUAAAGCUGCCUGCAACCUUUGGCAAGAUGGCAAACAUUGCGCAGGAACCGCAGGCGACUGUAGCUGUUCCCUCCCCCCUCCAUCUUGAGAACGUGUCGUUGGGGGUGGCUACAGCGGUCCUCCAUCAUAAAAGCGUGAAGACAGGACAAAUAACUCCCCACAAAAAACCUAGGUCUCCCCAACAAACGUUUGAGACUAGCUCCCCUAAAUCUAAAAGAUGGAUCAAACCGCUGCCCUGCAAGCUCUGAUAAGCUCCUCCCACAGCUAAUCACCUGCCUCAACAGAAACCCUGCCCCCUCUGACCUUUGCACAGGGAGAGCAGCUAAUCAGCCACAAAGAAUCACACACACACACAAUAAAACCCUUUUUCUCCUUCAGCUGCUGGCCUGCAAGCUCUGAUCUUCUUAGAAUCUCACUGCCCUUGAAUUGCAGUUUAGGUUGCAGUCCUCUGCAACCUAGGAAUAAACUCCACUGAUGGUAAUGGGGAGAUCAGUAAAUAAAAACAAAUAAAUUGAUGAUUGAAAUUGUUUGCCUUAAACUUGUACAGCUUCAGCUCAUAAGCAUUGCUUUCCCAGUUGAGGCUCUUCCCUCAACUGGGAUGCUUUGGAAUUAAAAGCACUAAACCAGACAACAGUGCUGUCAGGAUGGUAAUCUGACAGGUUAAUAUUAAGCAAGCAGGGAUACCAUUUAGUGAUUUUUAUUUUCCAACCUCCCAUCUUCCUGGGGAGGCCCAACUGGCCAUUCCAUAGAGUCCUUUGGCAAACCCUUUUUUGUACUCCCAGACAUUUACAACUGUAGGUUCAUUUUACAUAGCCAUUGCUGCUGCUGAUCCUGCAAUUAUAUUUUUAGAAAAAGUUGUUUUGGCUUUUUAAAUCUGAUACAUAGUUUUGAUUGGGUUGCCUUUGCAUUGCGUUGAAAGUCAUGUUAUAUUUGCAGUAAUAAAUUUGAUGUGCCUGUGGAAGAAGGAACUAGAACUAGUGUGCCUACACAUUACAUGCCAUGGUGCUACAACAUGAACUUUGGCUUAGAAGCUGUUCUCAGGUAGCCAAAGUUCUCCUCUUCACCCUCUUGAUCAUUCAAACUGGUGGAUCCACAGUGUAUUCCUGUGGCACCUUCAAGCCCUUUGUUAUGCAAAAUAAAUUCAUGCAUUAAUUUAAAUGUCAACUGCCAUUGUUGUAUACUUUGUUGCCAUUGUGUAUACUUGGAUCUGCACUUCAUAGUAUUUCAAGUUUUUUGUUUAGUGUUUCCUCUUUUCCCUUCUUUCUAGAAAAUGUGUGCAGUCAGGAGAAAACGAAGGCAGGAUGUGCUUCUGAGCCAGAUAACAUUAGAUUCAGCUGUGGUAUCCAGAGUGACCCAGGAGCCAGUCACACUCAGGUGUUAGCAGAAAUUGGCAAGAGAAAAUGCAAUCUAAGCCCCGGUCCAAACGAAGGGGAUGCCCACGGCCCCAGCCCUAAGAAAGGACCUCUGCAGAAUCUUGGUCCUGGAUCAGGACAAGCUUCUACUUCAUUUAACCAAUCCUUUGGCCAUCUCCCUAACCCACGAGUCAUGCGUCAUUCCUUGAAUCGCUACAGUUUGAAGCUGGGCACUAAUCGCCGGAAGUCUUUGCCUCCUCUUCACAUGGAUGUUUCUGGUAUGUUUUCAGCAUAAUGUCACGACUAAGCUGGGGCUAGGUUAAUAAUAAUAAUAAUAAUAAUAAUAAUAAUAAUAAUAUAUUACUUGUACCCCGCCCAUCUGGCUGGGCUCCCCCUGUCACUCUGGGCGGCUUCCAACAAAGAUUAAAAAUACAUUAAAAUGUCACUCAUAAACAGGGCUGCCUUCAGAUGUCUUCUGAAUGUCAGGUAGUUGUUUAUCUCUUUGACAUCUGAUGGGAGGGCUAUUAUACGUGUCUGGAAGUAAGUAUCCCUGUGAUUAGUGGGUCUUACUCCCAGGCAAGUGUGUGUAGGAUUGCAGGCCAGGUCAGUCACAAAUGCUGGGCAUAAUGGGGAGCCAGAUGAGAUAUCUGUAGUAGUGUUAUUGAUGUGAAGAAACAAUCUGUAUCCACGUCUGAUAAAAUUGUGGUGGAUGGCAAAUGGUUACAGCUUAGCAAUCAAGUAUGCUUUGAUUAUGCAACUAUUUAAUGUACUGUACAGUACUGAAAAGAUGUUAAAAAUGCACAAGUGAAUUAUCUGGCUAGUGUUAUUGGACUUUAAGAGUUAUUGUGCUUAACUUUCAGAACUGAGUAAAGCAAUCAGCCUGGACUUGCCAGAGACAGACAGAAUGGUGGAACUUCUCCACUCCAGCUUCCGGGUAAGGCUGUCUGUCUCACAAAAAUGCUCUCCUUUCUACUCUUUAUUAGUUCUUGCUGCUGACCUUUAAAGCCCUAAACAGCCUCAGCCUUGUGUACCUGAAGGAGUGUCUCCACCCCGGACACCGGGGUCCAUCACCCGAGGGCCUUCCGGUGGUUUCCUCACUGCGAGAAGCGAAGUUACAGAGAACCAGGCAUAGGGCCUUCUCGGUAGUGGCACCCACACCGAAGGCAGCCCUGUAUAGGGAAGCCUUUUAAUGUGUAAUGUUUAUUAUGCUUUUAUAUUUGUUGGAAGUAUUAAUAAUAAUAAUUUAUUAUUUAAACCCCGUCCAUCUGGCUGGGUUUCUCCAGCCCAACAGAAUUGAUGAUGAUAAUGAUAAUGAUAAUAAUAAUAAUAAUAAUAAUAAUAAUAAUAAUAAUAUCAUAUGUCUUCUGAAAGUCAGAUAGUUGUUUAUUUCCUUGACAUCUGAUGGGAGGGCAUCUCACAGGGCGGGUGCAGCCUGGUUCCCUGUAACCUCACAUUUUGUAGUGAGGGAACUGCCAGAAGGCCCUCAGCACUGUACUGGGCUGAAUGAUGGGAGUGGAGACGCUUCUUCAGGUAUACUGGGCUGAAGCUGUUUAGAGCUUUGAAGGUCAGUACCAAUACUUUAAUUGUGCUCAGAAACGUACUAUGAGCCAAUGAAAGUCUUUCAGGAUCGGUGUUAUGUGGCCUUGGCGGCCACUCACAGUCACAAGUCUAGCUGCCGCAUUCUGGAUUAGUUGUAGUUUCUGGGUCACCUUCAGAGGUAGCCCCACGUAGAGCGCCUUGCAGAUAACCAGAGCCUGUUCCACUCUGGUAAGACAGUCUGCAGGGAGGUAGGGUCUCAGCCUGUGUACAAUUUUAUUAUUGUCUCUGCAAAAUAAGAGUAGUUUGGCAGUACUUCAGCUUUUAUGCCUGGGUUUUAGUUUCCAUCUUGUCUAUCUAUACCCAGCCAGAGGGCGGGGUAUAAAUAAUAAAUUAUAAUUAAAUUAUUAUUAUUAUUUUACAGAUGGAUUUGAUCUAUUGCUGUCUUUUAGUUAUUUAUAGUUUUGCUGAGUCAUGAUUUUAAAUUUGCUUGUUUUACUGUCUGUCACAGAAAAAAUUAGGUGACCCAAAUUGCAUAGAAUAAAAUUGGCUUUAUUUCUUCCCCCUCCCUCCUAGUACUCUGCCCGGAAACUUGAGUGCUCAUUAAAGCAGACUGAAGGUUUUGAUCCUGAAACUUUUGAACAGAAAGGUGGGUCUUAACAUCAGUUGACUUAAACAAAGAAGAAGUGUGGCAUAGCUGAAGGAUGCAUGGAAGUCAGUUUUAUUGAGGGCCUAAAAAUUAUUCAUGACUGCCUCGGAACUGAAGUAGCUUUGUAAAAAACGCAGGCCAGUAGUACACUGUUGCUGUUAUGCACCUUUGCUUUCCCUAUAACCCCAUUGCUUUAAAUUGUUGAGCUUCAAUUCUGGUGAAGUAAUUGAGAAAGCUAGGACCAUCUGUUAAGGAUCUACCAUAGGUGCAUAGGAAAUCCUGGGCAAUACAGUAAGUCCACAACUUAUGUGCGUUUAGCUUGGGUGCAUUCAGCUUUAGUUCUGUGGCAAAAAAAGAAAAAAAGAGGGCAGGCUUCUGGGAAGAAUGACUUUGGCAACCCACCUGCCAUUGAACCCAUUGAGUUUUGACUAUACAUGAUUUUGGCUUUAGGUGUGAUCCCUGGAACCUAACCCCCAUGUUGUUGCAGGCUUACUGUACUCCCGUGUCAGUCUUUAGAAUGCACUGGCUAUCUUAUUAUUCACCUUCAGUGAACACUUUUCCAUGUUGACUUGUCUGUGGAGAAAAGCCUCAAGAGAAAGGCCCUGACUCCAAGGGAGAGGCCCUGCUUGGCAUGCAGAAGGUCUAAGUCUCAAUCCCCAACGGGGAAAGAUGUCAGAAACUUUCUGUAUUCCUGUGUGCCUUGGAACCUCUGUUCAUUGCAGGGAAUUCUGGGGUGCAUAUCUGGUUCACGCAAUGCUCUAGCUAGGAAUAUGAAAUGAACUUAAGCUAGGUGACCAUGGUUCCGUUUGCCUGGUAGUGUUUACUCCAGGGGUGGGGAGCCUUCAGCACUCUGUAAGUUGCUGAACUACAACACCCGUCAGCCUCAGCCAGUAGGGCCAUAUAAGGCUGAUAGGAGUUGUAGUCAUGCAAGGAGAGAGAGCCAGAGGUUCAAAUUGAGCUAUUGACUCUGCUGUCACAUUAUGUGAACAUAGAAUACACUGACUUGCUCCCUGGAACAGAGAUGAAAAACAGCUGUUUCAGCCCAUAUUAAAUUGGCCCCUCACAUGGAAUUUUUGUUUACUAUGAUUUCUCUUUAUCUCUACCUUCAGUGAACCUACUUUCAGAAGAUCUGAACCACUGUACAAAGAAACUCAAACUAGAUGGAACUCUGCAAAAAUGCCUUGAGGACUCCCAGGGGUAAUGGCUACUUGCCCUUCGUCCCAAUCGUGCAUUUAACACAAUCCUGGGUUGACUGCCUUCUUGGUUUUCACCUCAUCACAUGAAGCUGUCACUCAGGCUAGUAAAAUCUCAGCUAAGCUUCAGGCAAUGGCCUGUGAGCAGCACCAGAAACUGCUUUUUUAAACAGGAGAGCGAGAUACAGUAAACCCACAAUUUGCACACAUUUAAAUUGUGUGCAUUCAGCUUUACACACAUGGUAAUCAUCAAACUUAUGAAGGUUGCAGACCAGCAAGAUAAAAACAUGUGAAUAAAAUACGCACAUGGUAAUUAAAAACAACAACAAAAAUAGAAAGGGAGCAGGCUUCCAGGAAAAAUGACUUUGGCAAUGCCACCCUUCAUUGAACCCAAUGGGUUUUGACUAAACAUGAUUUUGACUUCAGGUGCGAUCCAACCCUCGCGUUAGUUGUGGGCCCACAGUACAACACCACAGAAUUACACUGAAGUUACGAGGAGUCCCUCUGCCAUACUUCAUAACCAUUUAAGUCUUUCUAUUUUAGGGGCUUAGCAGAUCCAGUGCUGAAUUCCAUGGUGGCUGCCUUAAAGGAGACAACAGUCAGGUAAGACCUAUCUAGGCUGGGGUCUAUGAUUUUAUUUUGAAUGUUUUAUUCAUAUAUCUUGGAACUUCUCAAUAACUUGCGGAGGAGUAUAAUUUAUGUGCAAUCUAGUCCCGUCAGAGCAAAGCUACUCAGUCCUGCCCUGCUUGUAGGGCGUACUAGAGGCUGAAUAAAAGAAAGUCCUUCACACGGCACAUAGUUAAAAUAUGCAGCUCUCUUCCCCUGGAGGCAGUGAUGGCCACUCACUCAGAGGGCUUUGAAAGAGGAUUAGAUCUAUGAAAGAGGUUGUGUUCUGCCUUCACGGACUGGAGGCAAUGUUCUUCCUCCACAGUUGGAAGAAGUGUGCUUCUGAAUAUUAGUUGCUGGAAACCACAGGAGGGGAGGGCUCUUGUGCUCAGGCCUUGGCAUUAAAGGAAACAGCCUGUUGUCUCUUCAUUCUCCAGGUUCUCUGCAGAGGAUCAAGCCUGGGAGGAACUGCUUCUGUCUUACCAGAAAAAUGCAGAGGAUAUAUCCAGGUUAGAGUGACCAUCUUCCUUUUGACAAGGCAACUAGAGGUGGUCACUAAAUAGAACUUUGAGCAGAGCACAAGUAACCCAGAGGCUGUAAAAUUAACUCGGUGAAAAGAAACUUGAGAAGCUUAAGGGGGUGUGUGCAAAAAGAGAACUAAGUACGGACAGAGGUCCACAAUAUAUGCCUGACUUUGGUACCCAGGUCAAAAUUUGUGGUUGCCAGGGCCCUGACUCUCUAGUUGUUCCUGACCUUAUGCCUCCUUGCUUCAUUUCCUAGUUCCAAGUUUGUAGCUAGAAAAAGGUGGUGGGGAGGCAGGGGAGGUACAGGACAAUUAUAGUGCCUCAGCAACACUCUGACCAAGCAAUUCAGCUGUGAAGCCGGCGAAGGGGCAGGGAUUAUCAUGAAAUUGCAUGGACUAUUCUUACCAUGAUGAAAGCAGGCUCAUCAUGUUUGCCAGAAGGCAGUUACACACUUAUAUAUGUGAACUUCUCGGCAUUCUCACAGUGCUAAUACAAAUGUGGAUGCUAGAUCAGUCUAUUGGGCUGUAUUGUCUUGCCUUGCCUUGCCUUGCCUGUAUUGCCUUGCCCCCAGAUAUGAGCCUAUAAACUUGCUUCCUGAUGUUAGUAUGCUGGAUGGCAUCAGCUAUUAAGCACUGAAACUUGACUUUUAGGCAGCUACAGGAGUACAAGUUGAAGCAAGUGCCAGAGGAGCCUUAUAGCUAUACUGGGGCAUCCCAGGCCCAUGUACUUCAAGCCAAGCCAGACUACCAGAAUAUACUGGAUUCUCAAGGAGAGGUCUUUGACUACAUGGAGCUAGUGGUGAGUCAUGUUUGAAGAUCCAGGGCAAACAAAAGGAAGACCUUGUUCACAGUUAAAUCAUGGAAAUUGUCACCACAAGCUGUAGUGAUGGCCACAAAGGGGAUUAGCAGAGUUCACAGAGGAUAAGGCUGUCCGUGGCUCCUAGCCACAAUUGCUGUGGCGUUGUUUUAGUUAUAUAUUUAUUAUAUAUAUUUAUUUAUACCCCACCUUUUUUCCUGAUGGGGCUCAAGGCAGCUUAAAGGUAAAAACUGCUAAAAACAUAGUCAGAUAGAAUUAAGGUUUAAAUGGAGCAGAAGGUGACAGGGUCCACUCACCAUGGAAAGGUGGCUUUUGAUUUCUGUUGCUUAAUAGAUCUGGAUGUUCUUCUGAAAAGCAAAUCCUAGGAAUAUCCAGAUGAAACUGAAGCCUGUCCUUUCUUGGGAUCCCAUUGUUGGGUUCUGACCUUUAAAAUGUUUGUUUCCUUAGCUGGAUGAAGUCCAUCAGAUGGUGAAGGUUUGUCAAAGUUAUAUAGAAGACGUUACACGGUAUCUUCAGAAGCUAUCAGUGCAACUUGGUAAGCAUUUAUUUUUAGCCAUGCAUUGAUUAUGGCUGCUUAACCAGCAAAUGUAAAAUAGUGCCUUAAAAAACCCCUCUUCUUCCCAUUAAGUGCAUGUUCACUCGACAUUUUUCUGAUGCAUGGGGGUGCACCCCCUUCCAUUAGAGAGUUGUGCAAGGGUGUAUUUUGCUAUAUCUGCAGCAUUUGGAAGACACUGCAUAUCCUAUGUGAACUUUGUCUCAAUUCCUGGAUAAGUAGAAAACUGAAAGUGAUCAGUUGUUCUCACAUCUUACAAAUUCAGUUCAGAUUUGAUCUUUUCAGCCCUACCUGUAGUUGUUUAUUACUGGGGUUUUUUAAAUAUCCCUGGCUUGUAGGUCUGCUCUAAUUAAUAUUUUUGAAGUUGCCAGGAUUGUUGGAUCUAUGUAAUAAAGGUCUCUCAUUUUCCUAAGGUGCUAAUGCAGAGUGCUGGGCUGUUCUUUCCUAUACUGCGAAUUUCCAUGUGCUUACACAUCCCCUAAUUUUCAAAGCUGAUAGCUAUUUGUCUUACACAUGAAAUGGUGUAAUGCUCCUUGACCAUUAUUUUUUAAUGUAUAUUUUAAUUGCUAUUUUUAUUUUGUAUUUUUAGGUAAGCUGGAUUUUAAUUUUUGACUUUAGCGGUUUUUAUGAUUAGGUGGUUUACAGACUCUGAUAAAUAGAAGUCUAGAAGGCAAAUUAUAUUUGGGAGAGACUGAAUACAUUAUUUGUCCAAUUUACAGAAACACAUAAUUGGGGCUGAGGAGAGAGAGGAUUUUGACUUAAUCCGCAGAGACUAUGUGGCAGUUCCCACAACUUAGGCUAGUCAAAAAGCUAGCUAUUCCUCUUACAAACAUGAAGCCUUGCAAAUAAAUAAUUUGCCAUAAAUGUGCAAUCUGAUGGUCUCUGUUUUUGCUGUAUUCUAACCAUGAGAAGCAUCUGGAGGCAACUAAGGAUUCUUGUUUCAAUUUCAGCAUCAGGGACUUUCCAGAACUUAGAAAAUUCACCAGCCCGGAAACUGCUCAGACUUCCCCCAACAACCCCAUCUGUGAUCCAGCCUCCAGAGGGGUAGAGCUGCAUUCUUCUUCCAUUUGCAAGCUUGGGAUGCAGCUCCGCAGCUGCCCACUUCUCAGCACUAUGGCUUUGGGUUUGAUCUGCACUUCAGGGACGGUGGCAUUCUUGCCCUGCAGCGCAAAAGGAUGGGGCAGAUGAAAAUAAUGUUCUAUCCUAUUGGACAGAUCCUUGCUGGACAGUAAUACUUCCAUUCUUCCAACCAAAUAAGAAAAUGCUCCCCACCCCCAAUUGCAUUGAAGCACAGGACACUCAUCGUUCCACAAACUUAAAAGAAGAUGACAAUGGAUUUUCCAAUCACAAUCCUAAUUGCAGCUGUAAAAUGGUACUGGCUUUUAUUUUCUCUUUUCUAACUCACAGGUUUGACCUGAUAGGUAAUAGGAGUCUAGCUUGAAACACUUGGUAAUGGCUGCAGAUCACAGCUUCGUGUGUGUGUGUGUGUGUGUGUGUGUGUGUAUAAUAUGAUGCCAAGGUUUUAGUCACAGAGCUAAAAUCAGAUAAAACUGUCCAAUGCUCUUUCCCUCUUCAUUCAGAUUUUUAAAUCCACAGCUGCAAGUAUGUAUGUAGUCCAUAACCAGCAGGGCGUCUUACCCAUAGAGGCUAGUGGCGCGGGGCCCAAGGCACCAAGUUCUGAAGGGCGCCAGGGAAGAGGUGGAGGCGGGACGUGGCACCUCCCAGCAUCAGCUCACCGCCCUCGCCUGCUUCUGCCAUGCCAAAGCAGCGCCGCACCCAGAGCCUCCAUCUGCUGUAGCCACCGCAGCACGAAGCGGCCAGCUGAGCCAGGAGGCGCCGCGUCCAGCCUCCGCCUCUUCCCCACUGGACGAACUGCCCUCCAGUCGCUGCCCGCCUCCUCCAGCAGUGCCGUCCUCCCUAAAAGAAGGUGGACAACUCUGGGAAACGGGUGUGUGUGUAUGUGUGUGCCGGAGGGACCACGGCGCCAGAUAUUCUUAAGACGGCCCUGAUGACCAUCGCCAACUUAAAAAUUUGUCCUAGGUCUUAAGUUGCUGAUAGGAAAGAAGAGAAGAACAAACACACAGCGGCAAUAGGACCUUUCUUUUGUCUGCAUUUGGGGCUCAAGUUGGCUCCCAUGCUUUGUAAACAUUUUUGCACCUUUGUCUAAUUCCACUCUCUUGAGGUAUUGAUUUGCUAUUGCCUGGUAGCUGGUCUUUUACAGCCUUGUCCAGUUCUUCUAGCACUUAAGUAAACAGGCUGACUGUAUAUCCUUGAAUUGCUAGUAUUGUCAGUGGCUUGUCAUGCAGAGUAUGAUUUCCUUUUAUUUGUUUAUUUUUAAAGGAAUGAAACUGAUAAACAGUUUUCUCAAUUACAAUUAAAAAUGGAGCAAAACCCUUUGGUGCA